UGACAUUAACAAGAACUAACAGCCUCCUUGGUUCUAUACUUCUAGUUUCUAGAACCUUAAACCUAAAACCCUCUUCUUUCUUACUCGCCUUUCCGAUUGUUUCUAUCUAAAUCUUAGAAUUGAUGGCCUUUGCUUCCAGCUUUCGGCGAGUUCUUGGAGGAUCCUCCAAUUCUUUAUCCGUUCUUCAGUCGCAGUAUGCGUUGCUUCGCCACAGUUCGACUCUCACUACCCCCAAGCUUUUCGUCAGUGGGCUUUCAAGACUUACAACAGAUGAAAAGCUUAAAGAGGCAUUUUCUCCAUUUGGACAGCUCCUUGAGGCAAAAGUCAUAACAGACAGGGUCACUGGGAGAUCCAAGGGAUUUGCAUUUGUUACAUAUGAAACUAUAGAAGAGGCUGAGAAGGCUAAAGAAGGGAUGAAUGCUAAGUUCCUAGAUGGAUGGGUCAUUUUUGUGGACCCUGCCAAACCAAAGGAGCCCAGACCCCAAGCUCAACCCCAAAUGGAGGCUUUUGAAACAGGCUUCCGAACAAACAAGACUGUAGGAUGGUGUGGGUGAUGGUAUUACAAAUUUCAAUUGUAGCACCUGAUUUCUCAGCGAAAGAUAAUUGUUGGAGGAGCAUGAGAUUACUCAAAUCAUUUAUUUUGGAGACAAAAGAAACCCCAUUAGCCAAUCUGCAUUAAUUCAUCAUGUUUCCUCUGUCGGACCUGUUAAUUAUAUUGGGUGAUGUACUACUGGAGUAUAUGAAAGUUUUUAUUUGAGGACUGAUCAUUUGGUACUAA